AUGGAACGUUGCUUCUGGACAUUUGGACCAUGCAUUGAAGGUUUUAAGUAUUGUAAACCUGUUGUUCAAGUGGAUGGAACCUUUUUAACAGGCAGAUAUCAUGCCACCUUGCUAACUGCAAUUGCUCAGGAUGGAAAUAGAAACAUAUUUCCUUUGGCAUUUGCAAUAGUAGAAGGAAGUACUGUUACAUUGAAAAACUCGAGUGAAAGUGGUGAAGCAAAGUGCAUAGAGAGGGAGAGCCAAGCACUCCUCAGCUUCAAAGAUAGCCUCAUAGAUGUCUAUGGCAUGCUCUCCACUUGGACCAAUAAUACAGAUUGCUGCAAAUGGAAACGCAUUCUCUGCAACCAUCAAACAGGUCAUGUACAACUACUUGAUCUUCAUGGAGACAUCGACUACAACAUACAGUAUUUGAGAGGUGCAAUCAAUGUCACUUCAUUGAUCCACUUGCAAUAUAUUCAACAUCUAGAUCUCAGCCAUAAUGAUUUUGAAUGGAUUCACAUCCCAGACUUCAUGGGCUUCACCAACUUAAGAUAUCUCAGUCUCUCCAAUUGUUUCUUUGCGGGGAGGAUUCCUUCCGAACUUGGUGAUCUUUCACAACUACGCUAUCUAAAUCUUAGGGACAAUUAUCUUUGGGGAGAAAUUCCUGUUCAGAUUGGGAAUCUCAAACUGUUACAGUAUCUCGAUCUUGGAGGAUAUUAUCUUUCCGGAAAAAUCCCAUCUCAAAUUGGGAAUCUCAAAAAGCUACAAUAUCUCAGUAUUGGAUGUAAUUAUGGAGAGAUUACGUCCUCCAAUUCUCUUUCCGGAGCAAUCCCUUUUCAAGUUGGGAAUCUUUCGUUGUUGCAUACUCUUCGGCUAGGUGGCAAUUUUGAUAUAAAAGCUAAGGAUGCACAGUGGCUGUCUUCUCUCCAUUCCUUAACCGUACUUGAACUCACUUCAUUACAUAAUCUUGGCUCCUCUCGCCAGUGGCUACAAACUAUUAGUAAGAUCAUUCCUAACUUAACAGAGUUGAGGCUAGCUGAGUGUAAUCUUCUAGAUGUUCAUAUUCAAUCUUUGUUUCAUUCUCGUUCUUCCAACAAUUCCAUUUCUCUUACCAUCCUUGAUCUCUCUUCUAAUAUGUUGACCUCAUCAACACUUCAACUCUUGUUUAACUUUGGCCUUCAUCUUCAAGAGCUUUAUCUACCUCAUAAUAGUAUCUCUUUGUCACCUUCUCUGUGUCCAAAUUUUCCAUCUCUUAAGAUCCUUGACCUCUCUUAUAGUAAUCUAGCAUCAUCAAUGUCUCUAGGUAAUUCUAAUAUCAGCUCCAAACUCCAAGAGCUUCAUCUACGAAGCAGCAGUCUGAUAGAUAGAAAUUUCCUUAUUUCAUCCACUUCCACAACGAAUUCUUUGUCCUCUCUUCUCCACAUUGACCUCUCAAACAACUUGUUAAGAUUGUACUCUAUAUUUCUCUGGCUUUCUAAUGUCACUACCAAUCUUCGUACCCUUCACCUUGAUUAUAAUUUCUUGGAAGGUUCCAUUCCAGAUGAAUUUGGGAAAUCGAUGAACUCUCUUGAAUAUCUUUAUAUCUCUAAUAACAAACUACAAGGAAAGGUUCCAUCAUUCUUUGGGAGCAUGUGCAGGUUACAGGGAUUAAACCUCUCAAAUAACAAGUUGAAUGGUGAAUUUCCGAGCUUCAUUCAAAAUUCUUCAUGGUGCAGUAGACACAUAUUUAGGGAAUUGGACCUAUCUUAUAACCAACUUACUGGCAAGAUACCUGAGAGCAUAAAACUACUAUCUGGGUUAGAGGUUUUAUCGUUAGAGGGGAAUUCUUUAGAAGGUGAUGUCACUGAAUCUCAUCUUUCUAACUUUUCCAAAUUAUAUGUCUUAUCAUUGUCAUACAAUUCGUUGUCUCUAAAAUUUGUCUCUACUUGGAUUCCCCCUUUUCAAUUAACUUACUUGGCUUUAGCUUCUUGCAAGCUAGGUAAGACUUUUCCUAGCUGGCUCCAAACUCAAAAUUCGUUAAUGGUUCUCGAUAUAUCUGAUAGUAGCAUAAGUGAAUAUGUGCCAGAAUGGUUUUGGAAUAAGUUGCAAACUAUGUACGUGUUGAAUAUGGCUCAAAAUAAUCUCAUUGGUUCAAUCCCUAACAUUCAAUUGAAGCUUCCUUUCAGACCAUCUAUAAUUUUAAAUUCAAACAAAUUUGAGGGAAAAGUUCCAUUAUUUUUGUUACAAGCUUCCGAGUUGUUACUCUCUCAAAAUAAAUUUUCAGAUUUCUUAUGUGAAAACGUCACAGCUGCAAACUUGGCCACUUUAGAUUUAUCAUAUAACCAAAUAAAGGGGCAACUUCCAGAUUGUUGGAAAUCUGUAGACCAAUUAUUGUUUCUUGAUUUAAGCAGCAAUGAAUUGACUGGAAACAUUCCUAUAUCCAUGGGCACCCUUGUUAAAUUGGAAAGUUUGGUUUUACGAAACAAUUGUUUAAUGGGUGAAUUGCCUUCCUCUUUGAAGAAUUGCAACAAUCUAAUUAUGCUGGAUGUGAGCGAGAAUAUGUUGUCCGGUCCAAUACCAUCAUGGGUUGGAGAAAGCAUGCAGCAAUUGAUAAUCUUGAUCAUGCGAGGGAAUCACUUUUCUGGAAAUCCUCCCCGUUCUCUAUGUUAUUUGAAGCGUAUUCAAUUGUUUGAUCUUUCAAGGAAUAACUUAUCAGGAGGAAUUCCGACUUGUUUAAACAAUUUUACUGCAUUGUCUGGAAACAUCAACAAAACUGAAACUGAGAAUCGUGUGCAUUGA